AUGGCUAUGGACAAGCUAUGGUGUGAAUAUUGUUCCAAUGCAACCAUACACGGGAUCAAACUAGCAACAACUCCAAAGCGACCGCUAGUCGAAAGAAUAUUCUGGCUCGUCAUCAUCAUCGUAUCUACAUGUUUGACCGCUGACCAAGUCUGGGUGUCCUGGGUUCAGUACCGCUCGUACCCCUUGCAACUGGUUGAGGUUAAUUCCAGAACGAACCUGAUGGAGUUCGAGUUUCCAGCGGUCACUAUAUGCAGCCUCAUCAAGUUGAAAGUGACAAGAGUAAGGAGUAUUAAAAAUCUCAAACUAAGGGUGUACAGUGCUAUGAUGAAGCAAGUUCUAACGAAUGGCUAUGAGACCUGGACACUAAACAGAACCCUAGAAAAGACUAUUGAAAGAUUUGGGAGAAAAAUCCUCCUCACGAUAACCGGAGCGAUCUGGGAUCAGAGUACUAAUACAUGGAGAAGAAAGAUCAAUAAUGAACUGCUUACAGAAACUGAUCAAUCAAUAUCACAAGACAUGAAGGCACGAAGAUUAAGAUUGGCGAGGCAUGUAGCUCGUAGGAAUCCAUCUGGAAACCUCUACGUAACAAUGAAUGCGUCGAUAGAAAGCAAAAUACCACGUGGAUAG